GACAUUUGUUAACCUGAACAGAGAAAUUUGUGGAAAGAACCAGAGAAUUUGAGAAAAUAUGAUUAAUUCAGUUAAUCCAAGAGACAGAUUAAGUUAAAAUUACGUCGCUGAUAAUCAACAAAAAAAAAUAAUCUUCCAAUGUAAAGAAAAAGUGAUUUGACUAAUUGAAAAUGAAAAUUGGAUUAAUCCAAAUAAAGGUAAGUUGGUGGAGAAAAGGAAAACAACAAAACCUUCAAUUGUGAUGAAUGGACAACAAUAUGUGACAAAGUGCCUGAGGAUUAAAUUACAGGUCAAAUUUAGGGUUAAUUGGAUCACCAAGGAAGAGAAAGAGAGGAAAAGAAUCAACAAUUAUAAUAAUGUGUCCAUUGGAAUAGUAAUAAUAUUGAGAUUGCUCCAUGGAGAUUAACUUAUUAUGAUUAUAUUCUUAUUAUAAUUUUAAUGAUGAAGAUUAACUAACCCAAUUUCUCUCUCUCUCUCUCUAAUCAUUUCCUCUGUCGAUUUACCUUUACCUUUGUUUACCAUUUUCUUUUUCCUCGAUAAUUUGAUUUCUCUCUUUUUCUAUUAAAAACCCUCAAUUCUCCGUCUCAUCAACCGUUCACAUUUCCAUCAUCAAAAGUGAAAGAGAAGAUAAAUUGUUCUCUGUCUAUUUUUCUUAUCUUCUCUGUCUAACUAAUCUCUCUGUCUACUGUGACUGUCUAAUGAUGACUUAGUGACCAAUUGAAGAGUUUAACUAAUCUCUCUCUCUCUUUCUCAAUCUCUGUUUCAGUUUCAAACCAUAUUUUGUCAUCUCACAUUUGAUCAGUUGAUUUACCAGGUCUGGAAAAUUUUCUAUCCAUCUAACAAUUAACUGGAUUAAGGAUUAUCUUUGAAAGUGUUGCCAUAAACGGAUCAUAAUACUCAUCGAAAUCAAUUUAAUUCUGUGGCCACUGAUCAAUGAUUCAUCAAUUAAUCUCUUCUUGUUUCUUUCAACAACCAUUUUAAUAUUUCAUUUUUUUCUGUGUCUCAAUCUCAACACUUUCUAUUAUCCAUCUUAAUUAUUUCCAUCUCUUCUCAGUUGAUUACAAUUAACCCUCAUUUCCAUCAUCUCAAUAUUUCCAACAUCAUUUUCUUGAUUCAUCAUCUCAAUUAAUCUCCAUUAUUGCCAUGGUUUUUUACUUUCACAUUCAACAGAAUCAACCUGUUGAUGCUCUUACAACAAUCGACCACAAUCACAGUUACAAUUUAAUUACUUUUAAUCUUCUCUUAAUCUUCACACCAAUUAUCAUUUUGAAUCUUCUAUUACCUGCUAACCAUUCAUCUUAAGUUUAUUUGGAUUAAUUGGCUUCAUAAUUUUCUAUUGGAACCAUUUUGUCAAUUCUUUUCUUGUUUAUUCUAAAUUGUGUUUUCUUUUUUUUCUGUUUCCAUCUCUUUUGCGUCCAUUUCAUUUCCACCAGGAAAACAAAAUGUCUUCCUCAGGAAGAAGCCGUCGAAGUCAAAUAGAUAGCUCAUCAGUAGCCAGUAGUGAUGGUUUUGCUGAGGAUAAUUUAUCAAUUGAUGUUGAACGAGAUGAAGUUAAAAGAAAAUCUCGCAAUCUCAGUGAGAAAAAACGUCGAGAUCAGUUUAACAUGUUGAUCAAUGAACUUUGCUCGAUGGUCAAUUUAGAUCCGAAUGAAGAAAUUGGAAGCUCAGGUAACAAGAAAAUGGAUAAAUCAUCUGUUCUUCGAGCUACAAUUACAUUUCUCAAGAAUCAUAAUGAAGAAGCAGCAACAAACACCUCAAGUGAAUUGGGCGAAGAAAAUUGUCAACCAGAUAAUUCAGCUAAUCACUCGUUCAUCAGCUCAUGGAAACCAUCAUUUCUCUCCACCGAAGAGUUUUCGCAUUUAAGCCUAGAGGCCUUGGAUGCUUUUAUUCUCAUUUUUGAUGCCGAUAACGAUGGGAAGAUCAUCUAUGCUUCGGAAUCAGUAUUUCCUCUUCUUGGAAUUAGCUCAUCAUACCUUUCGAAUACACCAUCAACUACUGCAACAACCUCUUCAUCUUCAUGUACUACAAUCACAUCUCGAGGAAUCAUUGGUUCAAAUAAUGAAAAUGAGUCAAAUAAUAUUGAUGGAACAUCGGUUUAUGACAUAAUUCAUGAAUCAGAGAAAUCAGCUCUUCGUAAACUUGUAAUGGAAGCAGUUAAUUGUGGUAAAGUGGAUGAAUUUUUCUCCAUGAUGAUUCAUUUUCGUCACCAUUCAACCAACUUGAAUCAAACAGAAAAAUCUGCUGAGUGUUUUUAUGAAUUAGUGCGACUUGUUGGUGCAUAUCGACGUAUCGAUGAUUAUAUGGGCUUCGGGUCAGCCAAGAAUUGUUUCUUGGCGAUUUGUCGUCUACAAACACCCAAACUUAUCAAAGAGCUUCACAUAUUAGCUCCAUUGUCACACGAUUUUGGAACAAUGAAAAAUAAUGAAUUCAUCUCGAGACACUCAUUGGAGUGGAAGUUUCUUUUUCUAGAUCAUCGAGCACCAAUGAUUAUUGGUUAUUUGCCAUUCGAAGUGUUGGGAACAUCGGGUUAUGAUUAUUAUCAUUGGGAUGAUUUGGAUCUUGUAGUUGCGGGUCAUCAGCGUUUAAUGCAAAUUGGAAGCGGUGAAUCUUGUUACUAUAGAUUUCUAACCAAAGGUCAACAAUGGAUUUGGCUGAGAACUAAGUAUUUUAUAACCUAUCACAUGUGGAACUCAAAACCUGAAUUUGUGGUGUGUACACACACAGUGAUCGACAGGGAUGAAAGAUCAUUAGAUAAUGUUAAAGAAGACAGUAAUCGACAGAACAAUGAAAGAGGGAAAAUUACUCAGCAUCAUUAUCAUCAUGAGAUGAAUUCAUCACGAGCAAACACAAGUAAUGAUUUCCAAGUGAAAAGUAAAUCAACUCAUUGGACUGUUGCUGAAUUCAACGAUCAUGAAAACACAAAUGAACAAACAAUUUACAAUUCGGACAAAAUCGCUGUCACUUAUCCUUCUAAUGAUUCAAACGGAUCAACACCUUAUUCAAUUUCAACAGUCAAUAUGAUGACCGGUGUUGAAGAUUGUUUAUCUUUACCCUCAUCCUCUCCAGCUGAUUAUGUUUUAAAUAACUCUAUUUACGACCCAUCUGCAUAUUUAAUGAAUCAAACACCAGUUUCACCUACUAAUCAACAACAAGCAAACCUUUUGACUGACCAACAGAAACAACCUCAAGGCCAUCAUGCAUCACAUCAACAUCUCCAAAAACCUUGUCAACCCCCUCAACCAUUACCUCCAUCAUCACAACACGUUCCAGCAUCAGUGUCACAAUCCAACAGUGUAUUGUCAUCUCAUCAACACUCACAAUCAACUUGUCAUCAACAGCAACAGCUACAUGAACAAUCUCAUCAACAACACCAACCUCCAUCACUACCACCUCCACCACCUCCUCCUCCUCCUUCAGCACCACAACAACAAAGUUUCGGAAGCUCUGCCGCUCUUGCGACAACAGGACCCAUGGUCUCAAAUUCAGUCGUUAGUAUGUCACAAUAUGCUAAUAUGUCAACAGAAAAUAGUCAAGUGUCUUAUGCAAAUCUUCAGGAAUUUUUACGAAAAAAGCAUCUACUUCUUCAGAAACAGAUUAAAGAACAACAAGAAGAGUUGCGACGAGUUUCAGAACAAUUGAUGAUGGUCCAAGUUGUUGGAAACGAUUCGACGAACUCAACACAACAACAACAACAAACAAGUGCAAGUGCAAGUGAUCAACAUGAAAUUGAAUCGAUUUCUGAGUUUACUCAACUUCAAACCUUAAGCACAGGAACAAAGCUUCAGAAUGUUCAACCAGAUUUAAUGGCUGAAUCAAUGACUCGAGGUGAAAAUGACCUCAACAACGCUGGCGCCAUUUACACUGACAUUUCCUGUUCUGACCACACAUUAAUUGCGAGAGAUUUUCCCCCUAAUCUGCAAAGUGUUGAUUGUCUUUAUCCUCAAGAUAAAUGAUCACCAAAUUCUUAAAAAUUUUUUUCUUAAUUUCUCUUCAAUUUAGAUUAACCUAUUCAUCUUUGAUUAACUUAAGGUGAAACACUUGAAAAAUAGGCCAACGUGAUUGAUUAAAAAAAGGAUUCAAUGGAUAAUCAAUUACUUAAUUAAUUGAAAUAAUCAAUAUGUUAUUCAUAACUUUCCACCAUCAUGACGAAAUCAUAAGUGCCAAUUUUAUGCGAUUUUCAAAAUUCAAAAUAACAUAACCGAGUUGACACUAUAAACAAAAUUCUCGCUAUUUGUUUUUCUCUCAUCUUUCCAACCUCGAUCCUCUACUUAUCCCUCAUCCCUCCCUUGUAAAUUGGUCAUUGAGCUCCUAGAGAGAGAGUGUGUGUGAAAGAGAGAGAGAGAGAGAGGAGAUGAAACGUUUAACUAACAUUUCUCAUUCUCCCAAAAAGGAUACCUCAUAUUAUUUGUUCACAAAUUGUUCAUAUGAUUGUUUAUAUUGUCAACCAAAGUCCUAGUCCUAUUCAUCAUCACCUCCCUCCUCUCACUCUCACUCCUCCUUGUAACCAGCUUUCUCCUCCUCUCUUUCACUUUAUCUUCAUCUCUUAUCCUCACACAUUACCAUUACCAUUAUUAUUAUUAUUAUUAUAUUAUUAUGAUAAUUGACUGAUACCAUAACUUAUAAACAGUCGCACAAACAAAAACAUGAGACAAUUGAAAAAAAAUUGCUUCAUGAUUAACAACUUUACAA